CAACACUUCCUUCUUCCAAAGCAAUGACAAAUCUUUCAAAGGCCAAAAACUUCAAAACAAUUACAGCUUUUGCCCACCCAACAAAGGCACAGCAAAAGAAUAAUUUUCAUAUUUUAAGAAAAAAUGAAAAAAUAGAGAAAUGUUUUUGGCUAAAGACACUUUGUUGCCGCCUUUGUCUCAUCACCUCUAGCCUAUCUAUUAUUCUUGGCGCUCAAGAAAACCUUCUGCCGAUUUUAAUCGGAAGGCGAAGAGACGGGCCAAAUUUUUUUGUAUUUUUCCUCCGACGAUGGCGCCACGUCUUUUCGCCUGUUUUCGCGUCAAAGGAUCCUCAACUUCCGCCACCGGAAAAGGAAUCUCCGGUCAUAACGCAUCCGUCGUCGCCGCGGAUGUUCCCGCCGGUGAGGGACCUGUUCUGGUUCAGCUCUUUUCAUCUCAGGGAUGUAAGACCUCGCCGGAGGCAGAGAUGCUCGUGUCGCGCCUAGGCCGUGGCGAUUUCAACGGUCAGAUCCGUCGUGAAGGUGGAUCUGGUUCUCCGGCGAUGGUUCUUGUUUUCCACGUUGAUUAUUGGGAUUACUUGGGGUGGAAGGAUCCUUACGGAUCGAGCCAAUGGACGGUGAGGCAAAAGGCUUACAUCGAGGCGUUGAAUCAAGAUACGAUGUUUACUCCUCAGUUUGUGGUUCAAGGUCGCGUCCAAUUACUAGGAAACGAGGAAGAGACUCUGCUCAAGUCCAUCGUCGAUGCGCCUAGGUUUCCUUCUCCGGCGUUUCGGGCUACAUUCCAAAGACCAACUUCAGAAACCCUUCAAGUAUCUCUCACAGGAGCUUUGAGGAUGAAAGUGGACUCGAGCGGGAUCGAUAUAAUGGUGGCGCUGUACGAGAACGGACUAGUCACUGAUUGUCCUCGGGGAGAGAACUCGGGAAGAGUCUUGUCCAACGACUACGUUGUAAGAAAGCUAGAAAAACUAUGCACCGUUAAGGAUUUAACGGCGAAGAAGACGGUGUCGGGUACGGCUCAUUUCACGGUGUGGGAUGGAUUCAACAGUGCUAAAUGUGGAGUUGCUGUUUUUCUACAGAACACAUCUCUUCAAAUUUUCGGUACGCAGAGUUUUCAAUUGCCUGAUGAGAUUUGACAAAGAAAAAACAAAAAUUAUGAAUCUAUUUAUAAAAAGAAAAAGAAAUUUGCUCUUUUGUAUGUUCGUUCAUAUUUUGUUAUUGGAAUUUGUGUGUACAGAAGGAUAUUUGUCACUCUCGUUUAUAGGCAUUUGCUUUUUUUUUUUUUUUUUUUGCUCUUUAACCUUUGCAAGAUU